AUGCCUAGAAGUAAAUUGCACCAAAGGACGCAUUCCGCAGCUUGUAUGAAUAGAAGCGAAGCUGUCGGGACAUCUAAAGGGCGAGCUAACUUUUCUUGCGCAGACCCCCGGGAGUGGCAUUGUGCCGUCCAAUCAUAUGCUUGCUUCACGGUAUCAUCGACUCUCCUUGCGUGCGAAAUAUAUAUAUAUAUUUUUAUCGCGUUUGCCGGUACCAGCUGCGACGCGAGCGACUGCAUAGGCAGAAUUAUUUGGGUGUCAGACAGGUGCGGCGAUUUGGAAACGACGACUGACGAUUAUGCUUUCCCCGGACAAGAAGAAAAGCAAGAGAUCGAUUUGAACGUUCGGAACUGGCGGUGGCAGGAAUGGAAUGACAGCGAAAGGAAUGUUGAGAUACGUACUAUACUCACCCUCACACAGCAUAGCGAUAAGCGGAAAUGCGGUGAGGGUGCUAGAGGACUCGACCUUCUCUCCUCGAUUUCCUUCGCGCGGGUUGCGGACGACACCAAUCAUAACAUAACCCACCAGAGUUCCGUCGAUGUGGGAUGGUGGGAACAAAAAGGAAUACCCUUUGAUCUCUUACCACCUUUGGUCCUUUGCCUUGUCGCGUCGCACAGCACGUUUCUACUGCUCAGGCUCUCCAAACAUUUCUUAUACGUUACCAUUACACCUGGGAGGCCUCAAAAUUACAUGAUAAUGCGGGCAACAAAUCUGUCUGGCUCCGAAUGGGUCAAUAUUCACUGGCACACGCGAGUCGUUUUAACGUCCCCUUUCGUUCUGGGCCGUCUCUUUUAUCGCUCCACUCAUCGACAUGCAGCCUACAACCGCCCAGAUUUCGGUGGCCUUGUGCGCGGAUUAUUUGCUCCGCUUCUCGCCAAAAUCGGACUGUCCUUGCCGAUAUACAUGAGGAGUAGAAGUCAUGGCCAUGUAAGAAAAGACCGUCUAUGCGCUCUCGACUUCCAAUUGUCAGCCGGAGUCUCGAGGUCUGGUGUCGUGAUUACUUCUUUUCGCGUCCGAUUUCUUGACGCCUCCUUUUCAUUCGAAAAAAUCGUUGCGGAAACCCAGAAGCUUAUUAUCGCUGAAACGUGCAAGGUUCUGGAUACCCUGGGCCCCACCGCUAUGGGAGGCAGGGGUUUUUACUUCCCGAGUCCCAUCGUAGCGUGUGGACCUCCUUUUGACACCAUUACUGUUCUUUACCGACGCGUUGCCAUAGUCAAUUGCGUCCCCUUUUUUCAGGUCGAUAACAGCGAUGGUGACGACGAUGACCUCAGAGCCAACGUGGCUCGAACAUCGCCUCUUCUGUCAGCGGAGGUUGCCCUCCAUCAUAGUCAUCUCAACUCCCAGAAUGAUCUGCGCUCGGGCGGCUUUGUCAUGUCCAUUAGUACAACCUCCAGCAACAAGCGAGUGUCCGACAUGUACUCGGGAAUACCGUCAUCUCGACGUCUGGAGUAA